AUGUCCCCAGCAUUAGAACCGCGGUUCAUCUUGUAUACUUACUUCCGCUCAACAAGCACCGCUCGCGUUCGAACAGCAGCAAUAUUGCGAGAUAUUCCACUUCAAUUCAGAUACAUCGCGAUUCCUAAGUCAGAGCAUUUGACAGAGUCAUAUGAGAGCAUUAAUCCGAACCUCACUGUCCCUACGCUUGUCAUCCAGAACGCUGAGACCGAAGUCCAUAUACGGCAGUCUAUUGCAAUCCUGGAAUAUUUUGAAGAAAGCAAGGCAGGAAAUACAAACAUUCAGCUUAUGCCUCCUGCUGAGGAUAUUGCGGGCCGAGCUCAUGUACGAGAGCUAGUACAGCUCAUUGCUUGCGAUAUUCAGCCGCCUACCAAUCAACGUAUUCUCAAAAGAGUACGCGCCAUUGGAGGAUCCGCUGAGGAUUGGGCUUAUGACAUCAUGAAUGCCGGUUUGAAAGCUUUUGAAAGCAUGGCCGCUCCUCUGGCUGGCACGUACUCAUACGGCAAUUCCUUGACUUUGGCCGAUGUUGUGCUGGCUCCAGCUAUUGUGAAUGCUCUUCGAUAUGGGGUAGAUAUCGAACAGUAUCCUACUAUUAAACGGAUUUACAACAAAGUAAUGGAACUAGAUGCCUUCAAGUUGGCUGACUGGCGACAUCAGGAGGAUACACCAGUGGAAUUCCAGCAGGUUUCUUAA